AUGUUUAUCUCUCAGGCCCUGUUGUGGAGAUCUAAUUUUGGAGGCUUGAAAAAGUUGAGAAGAGUAACAAAGGACCCGAACGUCAUAAAUUCAAAGGUUUACUGGUGUUUUGAACAUAAAUAUAUUCGCCGUACUGUUCUUUCAUUCUGUAAUAACAACCCCUUUACGCGUUCUUUUUCAAGUUUAAUAAAUCCUGAGGAGGAAUCUGGCUAUAGGUUAUCUCACGAGUUAUCACUUCCAGGGCCUUUUACAGGCUUUAUUCCAGUAAAUGAGGGCUUAACUCAGGCUUUAUCAAAGCUAGAGGCUUCAUACAAGGAUUCUGUCGUUGAUUUCGUGAGGUCCCAUUUUACACAUAACUUAUGGCUAUAUCGUGACAUACUAGGUUCUCCAACCCAGCCCUGGUUAUUGUACAAUAAAACUCGAAAAUUUCCAGAAAAACUUCAAACCAUUAAUAACAAAUCUUUGUUCUUCGAACACACUGGAGACUUGUCAAAGGGUGAUAAGGAAAUCUUUGUAAACGGUUCAAAGAUACUUCGCUGGAACCUGAGAUGUCAUAAUGGAGUUAUUCACCUGAUAGAUAAACCUCUUUUCGAUAUCUAA